AUGGCGGGGCAGGUGAAGGACCGCGAGGCCUUCCAGCGGCUCAGCUUCCUGUACCAGGCCGCCCACUGCGUCCUCGCGCAGGACCCCGAGAACCAGGCGCUGGCGAGGUUCUACUGCCACACGGAGAGGACCGUGGCCCGGCGGCUCGUGCUGCGCCGGGACCCGUCGGUGAAGAGGACCCUCUGCCGUGGCUGCUCUUCCCUCCUCCUCCCGGGCCUGACCUGCACGCAGCGCCAGAGACGCUGCAGGGGACAGCGCUGGACGGUGCAGACCUGCCUGACGUGCCAACGCAGCCAGCGGUUCCUCAAUGACCCUGCGCACGUUCUCUGGGGAGACCUGCCUCAGGCCCAGCUGGGGGGCCAGCCAGAUCUGAGACCACUGCAGCCCUUGCCAAGCACAGCCCACCCCACCCCACCCCGCCCCGCCGAGGAGGAAGCACAGCCCCAGAGCUCGAGUCCUAGUGA